GGCAAGAAAAAAGUGUUUGGAUAGUCGGCUCAUCCAUUAUCAAGUGUCCUUUUCAACGAGCGAGCCUUUCCCCUGAAAAAUCUCAUUUGGGUCUUAGACGUCUUAAUUAUCACAUCCUUUGGCAGGGCAAGGGUGGCCUAAUUUGGAAAAAACUGUUUCCCCGCAUUCAGCUACUACUAAGGUAUGAACUAUCACCUGAUGUUUUAAUUGUUCACUGUGGUGGUAAUGAUAUAGGUAACGUACCCUUACUUGAUCUACGCGUAAUGAUGAAAGAAACAAUUCAAAUGAUUCAGUCUAAACCUCCAAAUACUAUCAUGGGGUGGUCACAUAUUCUUCCAAGAUCUUCAUGGCGCUACAGUAAGAAUGUUAAAUCUCAAAAUCUGGCAGUCAAAAGAAUUAACAGUUUUAUGAGCAAAUUGUUUGUUGUUAAUAAUGGUUUUUAUAUAAGUUAUCCCGAGAUAUCUUUGGAUUCUAACGGAUUAUUCAUUAAAGAUGGUGUUCAUCUUUCCGACCAUGGCAAUGACAUAUUCCUAUAUAAUUUACAAAGUAAAUUGCAACAAGUCUGCUCUUCCAAUGGCGAACAAUGGGCCCGUAUCAGCAUUGCUCUUCAAAGAGAAGGUGAUGAAAUCCUGGCAGACAGGGCUGGCAUCAGAUGCUGA